AUGGACAGGUUUCGACGUAAGGGUGCGGCGGGCAAGCAGGGACCUCCUCCUGGGAUACACGGUUCACGGUUCUGGACUUCACAUCUUGAUCCACCGUCACCCGAGGAACAGAACUGGCCACCAACUCCCCCGUCGGCCACGGACAGUGACUCGAAGUCUUCAUCCAGUGUCUUCACUCUUUGGCCGAACCCGUCGUCGCCUGCGUUUAGCAGUGGGCAGCCUGCAACUGGCAGACCCCGGCAUAUCCCCAUUGACAUCUCAAAGUACCAAGUCACCGAAUUGCCUGUUCAUGACUAUACAGAGGAUUCCACCGUCAAGUCGACAACUAUUGUUAGCACACGUUUGCCCCGUUAUGUCCCAAUAAUAAUCCCCGACUUUGCACAACCGUUUGCGCGCGAGCUCCGGCCUGCCACGUCAGACGUCGACAUAAACACGCUGCGUGCAUCAUCAUCGUCAUCAACAACAUCAUCCACGCCCACAACACCUACUGCCAACAGCGAGGCACGACGCUCUAGGAGUUCGAAUGAAGUCAACAGCAUCUCAACUGCGACGGUAUCAAGCAUUCAUGAAAGCCCAAGCCUGACGAUUGAUGAACAGGCACCAGUGAUGAACAACAGUCAGGUAAGCCUCGUGGCUUCCGAGGCGAGCAACGAGGCAGCAAGUGCUGCACCAAGGCCUGCCCUUGCUACAGGAGCAAGAGUCCCUCAGCAAGGCACCGCCCCGACGAACCUGUCAGGUCUCGUAUGUAAUGUGCAUAGGACGACCGGAGAGGAGCCCCCUGCCUUGGUGGGAGCAACCACAACGAUACUUGGCGACAAGCUGUAUGUUUUUGGAGGUCGAAUACACUCGCGGAGCAAACCAAAACUCACCUCGAGCCUCUACGAAUUGGAUCUGAUUCGUCGCCACUGGGUCAAAAUUGAUGCCCUGGGCGAUAUUCCUCCGCCUCGAUACUUCCACAGCGUCUGCGCUCUCGGUGACUCCAAAUUGGUGUGCUAUGGGGGCAUGUCACCCUCAACACACAGCAGACAUGCUGCUACCGCCGAACCCCAACCGGAGGUGGUGGUGAUGUCGGACGUCCAUGUCUUUGAUGUCCCCACCCGCACGUGGACGCUGAUCUCGACCUCUGACAAUCCCCAGGGUCGAUAUGCUCAUUGUGCAACGAUCCUCCCUUCAUCUGCGGUAUUCACCUCUGCCAGCGCCCCCCUCUCCGCCAUUCACCACAAUCCUCCGUCUGCCGAUCCUCACUCGGGUACGCUGGGUGUUCACCUGGAUGGAACGGGCGGCGCGGAAAUGAUCGUGGCUGGGGGCCAAGACAGCGGCAACAAUUACAUUGAACAGAUUAGCGUCUUUAACCUUCGCAGCUUGAGAUGGACAGAUACGACCCCGUGGGAUCGGAAAUGUGGAGCAUAUAAAAGCAUGGUGGCUCCGUUGACCGGCUUGUCGGCCGAAAACAUUGGACGAGGAGUUCCUCUCAAGGAUUCAAGAGCCAGCUCAUACGCAGGCACUUCCACGUUGAUCUACUCCAAUUACAAUUUCCUCGAUGUCAAACUGGAGCUACAGAUUCGACUUCCUGAUGGCUCGGUCGUAGAGAAACCCAUGACUGGACCGGUAUCUCCUCCUGGUCUGCGCUUCCCCAACGGUGGCAUCAUUGACAGUCAUUUCGUGGUCAGCGGGACCUAUCUGACUUCUUCCAAACACGAGUAUGCCCUAUGGGCACUGGACCUGAAGACAUUGACGUGGGCGCGGAUCGACACGAAUGGUUCGAUCUUUUCGCAGGGGAGCUGGAACCGCGGGCUUUUAUGGAACCGUCGAAAUACCUUUGUGAUCUUGGGACAUCGGAAACGAAGCUUGGUGGACGACUACAACCAUCGCCGGAUCAACUUCAGCCAUGUGUGUAUGGUUGAGUUGGAAGCGUUUGGCCUGUAUGACAAUCCGCGAAGAGACUCCCCUACGUCCGGCUAUGUCUCGGUCUCUGCGCCCGCCGUCCCUGCAUCCCUACAGGCGACACUACCUAGCCAAGGAGCUGGUGGACGUCCAUACAAUAGCACGGCAGAACAACUUGGCCAAGCAGCACUGAGCCUGACCGAGCUUGCGGACAUGGAGAUUGUGGCCUUGGGAGGAGAAAAGAUCCCCUGUAACUCCUUCAUCCUUUCGCGGCGUUGGGGGCCCUUUUUCAACCAGCUUCUGGUCGAGUCUGCAACCACACAUGAGACCGCCAGUCUGUCGGAUGAGGCGACGUUAAGGCCUAACAUUCGGUCUCAAGCCAGUCGCAAUUCCUCCCUCACCAUUACCCCCAGUGUGACGAGCGGUUUGGGCCCGUCCGGAUCGACGGCUGGGGCCGAUGGAAUCCUGGAUCCACAACGCUCGCUCAGUCGAUCAACGAACCGAACGUUGGUCGAUCCGCCGAACAUCAUGCCGACGGUGGCUUCGAACCGCCCGCGAUCAUUGUAUCUGCCUCACAUGGCGGCUACGAUCCACCUGUUACUGCACUAUCUGUAUACAUCUUCCUUGCCGCCCGUAGGGUCAGCCUUGUGCACCCCCCACACUCUAUGUUCACUGCUGCAGAUGGGACGGCCCUAUCAAGUCGAUGGACUCCUGGAAGCCACGGUCGAGCGGCUGCAUCAGGUCUUGGACGGACGCAAUUCAGCAGCAGUGUUCAACGCCGCGGCGAUGGCGGCCGGAGGCGGGCGAGGUCUGGUAGGUGCUGCAGGCGGCAUCAUGUCACCCCCAGGCCGGCGCGAGAGCGAAGCUACCACCAUCGCUGACCAGACGUUUUCGGGGAAGAUGGCCGGGCUGAAGCUGUCCACGAGCUACGAAGAACCGAAAAGAGGGGGUCACGGGAAGGCCAGUUCGAUAGACUCGAACUCGACGGCUACUUCGGCCUCGACGUCGACCGAUGUCUCGCAAUCGCAGACGGACACUGAGACGUCGGCACAGGAAGACAAGACGGAUCGGGACGGCAAGGGGCCACGCGAGACACGCGACAUCUGGACGGGAGACAUCAGUUCGGUCAUUGGCCUACAGAAACGAGGGCUGCGAGGGCUGAUGGAGGGACGACGGUUGAGAGAGCGGGCCAACACCGGCGGUACUGGUGGUGAAUGA